UUCAAUUUCAAAAAAUCGGAGAGGAAAUCCAACGAAUCAAGCAUAGCGGAGUGACUGACAGCUUCCAGCUUCGAGCUCUCUCUCUCUGUCUCUCUCAGGGUCACUGCCUUCUUAGUUUUCUCUCAGACGUUUUCGUGAAUCUGAUCGUAUAUUCUCUCUCCAUACCUGAACUUGAAUCAGAGGUCUCUUCGACAAUUCAAUUCAAGAAGCGUAUCGACAAAUAUGAGCAGUUCGGUAGGCUAUAAAUUGCUGAACCAGGGUCUCCUGCAAAGCAAACUCAAUUCUUCCGGCAUUCCUGCAAAUACAUUGUUUCAAGCCGUGUGCAUCAAUCAAGUGUCUGCUCAGACACGAAAGUCGACCUCCAAGAAAUUUUCUGGUAACGGUUUGAUAAUCCGGAAAUCGAACUUUGCAAUGGGAUCACGUCGCCCUGUCACAGUUUUUCCACAUGCUGUAUUAACCACGGAUAGGGAUUCUGGGCUUACAGCAAAAUUCAAUCUUGAUGAGGGCAUUGAAUUGCAGAUUAAUAUUACUACUCCCUCUUCAGGGUCUGCCACUCAAAUAGAUUUUCAGACCACUUAUAUUAGUGACUCUUUGCUUCUUCACUGGGGAGGAAUUCGAGAUGGAAGAGAGAAAUGGGUGCUUCCUUCACGUCAUCCAGAUGGAACCAAAGUGCAUAAGAACAGAGCACUUAGAACUCCUUUCUCAAAGUCUGGCUCCAAUUCCUUCCUUAAAAUUGAAGUUGAAGAUCCUGCAAUAGAAGCUAUAGAGUUUCUCAUAUUUGAUGAAAGCCAUAAUAGAUGGUUUAAAAAUAAUGGCAACAACUUUCGUGUUAACUUAGCUACAAAAGAGAGGUUUAUUUCAAAUGCGUCAGUUCCUGAAGAUCUUGUGCAGGUUCAAGCAUAUAUGAGGUGGGAAAGAAAGGGUAAACAGAUGUAUACACCAGAGCAAGAGAAGGAGGAAUAUGAAGCAGCCCGAACUGAGCUAUUGGAAGAAGUAGCGAGGGGUACUUCCAUACAAGAAUUACGAGCAAGGCUUACUAAGAAAAGUGAUACUAAUGACAGAAAGGAGCCGUCUCAUCUUGAUUCAAAGAGAAUUCCUGAUGAUCUUGUACAAAUACAAGCUUAUAUACGAUGGGAGAAAGCUGGGAAACCCAACUAUUCACCUGAUCAACAACUCAGGGAAUUUGAGGCAGCAAGACAAGAUUUGCAGAUGGAACUACAGAAAGGAGCCUCUCUUGAUGACAUAAGGAAGAAGAUUACCAAAGGAGAGAUACAAACUACGGUUGCCAAACAAUUGCAGAGUAAAAAGUAUUUUAGAACUGAAAGGAUUCAGCGCAAGAAGUGGGACUUAAUGCAGAUUAUCAAUAAAUAUGAGGCUCAGUCUGUUUAUGCAGAACAACCAAUCACACCAAAAGCCUUGACAGCAGUUGAGCUUUUUGCCAAGGCAAAGGAAGAGCAAGACGGUAGUCCUGUUCUGAAUCGAAGUAUCUAUAAGAUCAAUGAUAAGGAACUUUUGGUACAUGUGACAAAGCCUGCUGGAAAGACAAAGGUUCAUCUGGCUACAGAUUUUGCAGAGCCAAUUACCCUUCAUUGGGCUUUAUCUAAAAAUCAGGCUGGAGAGUGGGUGGAGCCACCUCCGCACGUGAUACCUCCAGGUUCAGUUUCUCUUCAUGGGUCUGUUGACACAGAGUUUACUUUGGCUGAUUCUACUCAUAAGGUUCAAUCUUUAGAAAUAGAGAUUGAGGAAGAUAGUUUUAGAGGAAUGCCAUUUGUCCUACAUUCUGCUGGAAAUUGGAUUAAGAACAAAGGCUCAGACUUCUAUAUUGACUUUGUUGCAAAAUCCAAGCAAGUCCAGAAGGAUGCUGGCGAUGGCAAAGGUACUGCAAGGGCUUUGUUGGAUAAAAUAGCAGAUAUGGAGAGUGAGGCGCAAAAAUCCUUUAUGCAUCGAUUUAACAUUGCCGCAGACUUGAUAGAUCAAGCCAAAGAUGCUGGAGAAUUAGGUCUUGCAGGUAUUUUGGUGUGGAUGAGGUUUAUGGCUACAAGGCAGCUCAUUUGGAAUAAAAAUUACAAUGUCAAACCACGUGAGAUCAGUAAAGCACAGGACAGACUCACUGAUAUUCUCCAGAAUAUUUAUACAACUCAUCUGCAGUAUCGGGAACUUAUUCAGAUGAUUCUGUCUACUGUUGGUCGUGGAGGUGAAGGGGAUGUGGGACAGCGAAUUCGAGAUGAAAUCCUGGUCAUUCAGAGAAAUAAUGAGUGCAAAGGCGGAAUGAUGGAGGAAUGGCAUCAAAAACUGCAUAAUAAUACUAGUCCCGAUGAUGUUGUCAUCUGUCAGGCUCUAAUCGAUUAUAUCAAAAAUGAUUUUGAUAUUGGUGCUUACUGGAAAACUUUGAAUGCUAAUGGAAUAACAAAGGAGCGCCUUCUAAGCUACGAUCGUGCAAUUCAUUCUGAACCAAAUUUCAGGAGAGAUCAGAAAGAUAGUUUAUUGCGGGAUCUGGGAAAUUACAUGAGAACUUUGAAGGCAGUUCAUUCUGGUGCAGAUUUGGAGUCUGCCAUUUCAAAUUGUAUGGGUUAUAGAUCGGAGGGUCAAGGAUUCAUGGUUGGAGUAAAAAUAAAUCCUAUAUCUGGCUUGCCGUCGGGAUUUCCCAACUUGCUAGAAUUUGUUCUUGAACAUGUUGAAGACAAGAAUGUAGAAGCCCUUCUUGAGGGUUUGCUAGAGGCCCGCCAGGAGCUUCGGCCAGUGCUUUCUAAAUCCAGUAAUCGCCUGAAGGAUCUUUUAUUUUUGGACAUUGCCCUUGAUUCUACUGUUAGGACUGCAAUUGAAAGAGGAUAUGAAGAACUGAAUAAUGCUGGACCUGAGAAAAUUAUGUACUUCAUCACUAUGGUUCUAGAAAACCUGGCGCUGUCUUCAGAUGAUAAUGAGGAUCUUAUCUAUUGUUUGAAGGGAUGGAAUUCUGCUUUAAGCAUGCUAAAGAGUCAAAAUAAUCAGUGGGCAUUAUAUGCAAAAUCAGUCCUUGACAGAACACGCCUUGCACUUGCAAACAAGGCAGAAUAUUAUCACAGAGUUUUGCAGCCAUCCGCAGGGUACCUUGGAGCACGGCUUGGAGUGGACCAGUGGGCUGUGAAUAUAUUUACUGAAGAAAUUAUUCGCGCUGGAUCUGCUGCCUCUUUAUCCUCGCUUCUUAAUCGACUUGACCCCGUUCUUCGAAAGACUGCUCACUUAGGAAGUUGGCAGCUUAUCAGCCCAGUUGAAGCUGUUGGCUAUGUUGUUGUUGUGGACGAGUUGCUUGCAGUUCAGAAUAAAUCUUAUGGGCAGCCAACAAUUUUGGUUGCAAAAAGUGUUAAAGGAGAGGAAGAAAUUCCCGAUGGUACUGUUGCAGUGCUUACACCUGAUAUGCCAGAUGUCCUAUCUCAUGUUUCUGUGCGAGCAAGAAAUAGCAAGGUCUGCUUUGCUACAUGCUUUGAUCCCAGUAUACUGUCUGACCUACAAGCCAAGGAAGGGAGGUUAUUGCGCUUGAAGCCAACAUCUGCUGAUGUUAUCUAUAGUGAGGUAAGGGAAGAUGAGCUAGCAGGUGCAAGUCAAACUCUUCUAAACAAAGUUGCUCCUUCAACCCUUAAGUUGGUCAGAAAACAGUUUCGUGGUAGAUAUGCCAUUUCUUCCGAGGAGUUCACAAGUGAAAUGGUUGGAGCUAAAUCACGUAACAUAUCCUACCUGAAAGGAAAAGUUCCAUCUUGGAUAGGCAUUCCUACAUCAGUUGCUUUACCAUUUGGAGUGUUUGAGAAGGUUCUUUCAGAUAAUCUUAAUAAGGAAGUGGCAAAAAAUCUGGAAAAUUUGAAGAAGAAGUUAAAAAAAGAAGAUUUUGGUUCCCUCAAGGAGAUUCGUGAGACACUUUUGCAUCUGGAAGCACCACCCCAAUUGGUGCAAGAGCUGAGAACUAAAAUGAAAAGUUCAGGAAUGCCUUGGCCUGGUGAUGAAGGUGAAGAUCGUUGGAAGCAAGCAUGGAUGGCUAUAAAAAAGGUCUGGGCUUCAAAGUGGAAUGAGAGGGCAUACUUCAGCACUAGAAAAGUGAAAUUAGAUCACGAUUUGCUUUGCAUGGCUGUACUUGUUCAGGAAAUAAUAAAUGCUGACUAUGCAUUUGUUAUUCACACAACUAAUCCAUCUUCAGGAGACUCAUCUGAAAUAUAUGCGGAGGUUGUUAAGGGACUUGGAGAAACUCUAGUUGGAGCCUAUCCUGGACGUGCUUUAAGUUUUAUUAGCAAGAAAAAUGAUUUGGGUUCACCUCAGGUCUUGGGUUACCCAAGUAAACCCAUUGGCCUCUUUAUUAGACGGUCUAUAAUCUUUCGAUCAGACUCCAAUGGUGAAGAUCUUGAAGGAUAUGCUGGUGCUGGCCUUUAUGAUAGUGUACCUAUAGACGAGGAAGAGAAAGUGGUGCUUGACUACUCAUCUGAUCCAUUGAUCGUUGAUGGCAAAUUUCGCCAAUCAAUCCUCUCUAGCAUUGCUCGUGCAGGAAGUGCGAUAGAGGAGCUUUAUGGAUCACCACAAGACAUUGAAGGUGUGAUUAGGGAUGGGAAAAUCUACGUUGUCCAGACAAGACCCCAAAUGUGAUUGUGAUCUUUUCUUCAUGGCAUCUCUCAUGAUCUGUUCAACAAGAAAACUUCCAUGCCUGCUUCUUACAGAAGGGAAAAGAAGAUUAUUUCAAGAAAAAAGGGUAAUACUGGAAAUUUAUACAAUUAAUAUUUGUACUUGUAUUAUUAUGGUAUAUUUAACCCGUUUACUGGACAUAAAUGUUGCAAUAUAUGUACCUCCAUCCUAUAUGCUUAAAUGCAUCCAUAUUCAGAGCAGGAUCUUCUCUCUGCUUGCCUACUUAACUCCAUAGUUGUUAAAUAAAGAUGUAUAGGUGUUAGAAGGUCUCCAAAUAAUGCCACGUCUAUACCUAAGACUUCAUGCUACAUAUACGAGCCUCAGAGCACUACAUUCUUUAGUGAUACAUUUGUAUUAUUCUUCUACACGUGACGAUUAGUUCUGAACUUCAAUUUUUGUUGCUUUUAGAAUACUUGGUCUGGAAAGGUAGCAAAAAUAUUUGUAUCGGAUAUAAGUGUUGACAUUGAAGUUCCUUCUUGUUCCUCAAUAUAUUUUUCUAUUAUUCUGAA